AUGGAGGACACCAUGCGAAGUAUAUUGGAAGACCCCAUCACUCUCGAGUUGAUGGACGACGCGGUCAUCGGCCACUGCGGCCAUUCGUUCUCGCAGGCGUCCAUCGAGCGAUGGCUCCAGGAAGGCUCCAAACGUUCGUGCCCACUGUGCAAGCACCCACUGGCCAUCGACCAGCUCCGACCAAACUACUCCCUGCGCGACGCCGUCUCCAAGUUCAAAGCGGACAACGGCGAGCGACCACCGACGGAGAGGCGAGGCCUCGAGUUUAAAACGCCGAUCGAGGAUUGGUCGGUGGCCGACACCAAGAAGUGGAUCGAGAAUUUUGACGAUUGGGUGGAGGACAGCGUGAUGGUCGAGGAACACAACAUCAACGGCAAAAUACUGUCGGGCAUGCAAGAGGCGGAACUCCAGGAGAAGCUGCGCGUCGCGCCCGAGCACUCGAAGCUCCUCCAGAUCCAGAUCGCCAAGGCGACCACCAUCUCCAAGUGCCUGGUCGACUAUGCCGCGUUCCACCCUAAACUGUUCAGUGCAGCGAGCCUCAAUGCGAUGAUUGACGGCACGAGCAGCGUCGAGGUCACGAGCUCGCCACCGCCUUCGUCGUCGAUGAGCACCAGCGUGGACGUGGAAACGGGCGAGUCGGAGAUCCGGCGCGAAAGAGCGCUCGAGGAGGACGGGCCGGGUUGCCUGCGCCGGUGGACGAACGAGGCCAAGGAAAGCGAUACGGGCUGCUGCGUCUUCGAGUGCGCGGACUGCUUCCUGUGCGAGUGCUCGGAAGGGUUCUACGAUUGCUGUCAUCUCGGCUGCUACCGAGCACUCGCGGCUCUCUUCUGCGAGCACUGCGGAGGCAAGAGCGCCUCGUACGGGCUGCGGACAUUUUGGGGUAUUUGCUUCAUCCCCUUCGCGAUGAUCUUUCUCCUGGCGCUCUUUGUGGAGGCCGCCUUCUGGAUGCUCGUCAUGGUCCUCGCCAUUGCGUGCUUCAUCUGCGUGGUGGCCGUCCUGGCCGCUGGAAGCGGCCGGCGGCGCUGA